AUGGUUAGAAAUGAGACUGACGAGAUUACGCUUAUUGGCAGUGGAGGGACUGGAAUUAGUGUGCCAUACCGGAUUAUAUGUGAGUGUGAAAUCCUCAAGAAAUUAGUUGAUGAGAGUGCAUUUUUAGAGUCUUUACAUUCAUCAGUGCAUUUACCGAUAGCGCAAAAGACUUUAAUUCGGGUAGUAGAGUAUCUUUGGUACAAGAGUAAGUACCAUCAGAAAGAAGGGGAGGUAGAGGACUUUAUAGUAGGUGAAGAUGAAACUUUGGAUUUAUUGGAGGCGUCGGCAUUCUUGCAGAUCUAG